GGGCAGAAGCUGCUGUCGUCACACUCCUCCUGCCUCACCUCCGCGCGGAGCUCCGCCGCUGCGCACGUUGCUAGUUAGUUGCAAUGUUGUAGCUAUUAGCACGUUAGCCGUCCACACGAGCUGCUUUGCCUGAAAACCAAAGGACAUUUAUUUAUCUGACCACACCACAGCCCUCCUCACCAAAUAUCGUCCUCUUGUCUCAGCUGCCCCUGACAGCUAGCCGUUAGCCGUUAGCCAUUAGCCGUUAGCCCUUAGCCGUUAGCCGUGUGCUGUCAGCUGCGGUACGAGCUUCUGUUUAGGGCCAUGGCUAUGAGACAGACCCCGCUCACCUGCUCCGGGCACACUCGGCCUGUGGUGGACCUAGCAUUCAGUGGAAUCACUGCCUACGGAUACUUCCUCAUCAGCGCCUGCAAGGAUGGCAAGCCCAUGUUGCGCCAGGGAGACACAGGAGACUGGAUCGGCACGUUUCUGGGUCACAAAGGCGCAGUCUGGGGAGCCACCCUGAACGCAGACGCCACCAAAGCAGCGACUGCCGCGGCUGACUUCACAGCGAAAGUGUGGGACGCGGUGAGUGGAGAUGAGGUGCUGACGCUGGCUCACAAACACAUCGUGAAGACUGUCAGUUUCACCCAGGACAGCUCGUGUCUGCUCACUGGAGGGAACGACAAGCUGCUGCGUGUGUACGACCUAAGCAGUCCAGAGGCCGCCCCUCAGGAGAUUGCGGGACACACCUCAGCCAUCAAGAAGGCGCUGUGGUGCAACAGUGACAAGCAAAUCCUGUCCGCGUCGGAGGACAAAACCGUGCGGCUGUGGGACCGCAGCUCCAUGGAGGAGGUGAAGACGCUGACAUUUGACACGUCGGUCAGCAGUAUGGAGUAUGUGGCAGACGGAGAGAUCGUGGUCAUCACCUAUGGAAAGAGCAUUGCCUUUUACAACGCACUCAGCCUGGAGCUCGUCAAAAGUGUGGAGGCCCCUGCUCCUAUCAACUCGGCCUCCCUGCACCCAGAGAAGGACUUCUUUGUAGCUGGAGGAGAAGACUUCAAGCUCUACAAGUUUGACUACAGCACCAAGGAGGAGCUGGAGUCAUACAAGGGUCACUUUGGCCCUGUGCACUGUGUCCGCUUCAGCCCGGACGGGGAGCUGUACGCCAGCGGCUCAGAGGACGGAACUCUCAGGCUGUGGCAGACCGCUGUUGGCAAGACCUAUGGUCUGUGGAAGUGUGUCUUGCCCGAGGACCUGGGAGCUGACAACAACGAACAGAUUUACACAGCACCGCCAGAGGUCAAAGCCUGAAAAUGCCUACUCGGUGACUGGAGGGACAGGGGGAGGGGACACAGGAGGACUAGGGGACCUCUCCUGUGGCUGCAGUGUGCAGCAAUAGAGCUGUGGACCACGGCUGCCUGCUCUCUAAGAAGGCCCAGAUGCCCUGUCUCAGCCCCCAAACGUGCUCCUUUAGCUUUUAGUUUAAGAGCUGGACCAAUUUGUCUUUGACGUCAGAGUUCCAAGAAGACAGCGUACCGCUGCAUUACUUUAAGUUCUUUACUUUGCUUUGAGUAUUUUCUGCUGGACUGUGUCGCCCAAAGAAUUGUUUUGACAUAAAGCAAUGAUUUUUACUUAAGGCUUGUCCCAUUGGUUUUGGCUUUUUGUCGAUUUUGUUCUGGAUUAAUAAAUUGGGGUGAUGCAUUGUAA